GCAAGUACCGUCAGUCACAUGCUACACAAUAUUGUGUUCUGCACUGACUGCAUGUUUAUUUUAAAUGAUUCCGAUGAUAAUGAUUAGUCGUAUUUAUAGUCGGGUUGUUUUUGGCUUCAAACAAUGGCCAAUCAGUCGGCCAACCGUUAUACGAAUGAAAACUACAUCAUCAACCACUGCUACUACUGGUCUCACCGAUACUGGCCGUUUGUUGAUCAAUUCAAUCAAACGACGGGCGCCCAAAAAAAAGAGUACCAUACAACAAACAGCUGAAGGUCUAUGUGAACGACCAGUUUAUGCAUUGAGCACUGCCGAAGAAUACAACCUCGACGAUUUCCAUUCUGCAUUAGUGCAACACGGUCUAUACGAGCAAGUGGUAUAUGACGACGAAUCCAUUCAAAGCGAACUGAAUGGCCAAGUAUUGCACAUGACGGCCAAAUACAAAUUGGAAGACGAGAAUAACAAAAGAGACUUUUUCGUUUUUGACGAAGGUUCGAUCGUUUUCUGGAACAUGUCGGCCAGCGAAUGCAGUCUCGUGCUCAAACUGCUUCGGCACUACGAGCUAAAUUCAUACAAUCAAGACAUUGUCAACGAAGAACGUGAAGAGAUUGAUGUCGUGCUCACCACCGGAUCAUCGCACUCCCGAUUGUCUCGAGGUUUGAUUCAUUUGAACAUGAAUAAUGACGAACCGAACGCCGUCAAUUUGGACAAGUUUGCCUUUUCCAACGCCAUUGCACUUUCGGUCAAACUGUCAAUAUGGGAAGCGAAUCUUGACCGUUACAUCGACAGCAUCGGUUACAUCACUCAGGACAUGAAAGAAGGCCGGAAAAUUAACCUGACCAGAGAUCAGGUGUUUAAAAAAACGGGCCAAUUGUUUGGCCUUCGACAUCGACUCAACCUCAGUUCGGAUAUGUUGGACACGCCCGAUUUUUACUGGGACAGAGAGCAACUUGAACGAUUGUUUACGGCAACCUAUCUGCACCUGAACAUCAACAAACGAACCAGGGUGAUGAACGAGAAACUGAAUCAUUGCAUCGAGCUGAUGGAUCUGCUCUCCAGUCAUCUGAAUGACAUUCACCACGUGCGACUCGAGUGGAUGAUUAUCAUAUUGAUCAUGAUCGAGGUUGUCUUUGAAGUGAUUCACUACAUAGAAAGAUUUGCCAUUCCUGUCUGAAUGGUGCUGCUGGUGCAGCACAUUAAUUACAUUUGUAAUUUGUUGUUAUAAAAGAUUGUACAAUGUAAAGGUAAAUGUUUUUUGUUUU